GGUUAGCUCUCACGAUCAAACAGUCAGAGAGAAAUAACCUAAUUUGUAAUUGUACAUUUAAGAAUUUCUGUAUCUUGUAAUAAUAAAUAAUCAUAUUAUAUUUAUAAAUGAAAAGUUUAUCAAUAACUCUACCUUUAACUCUCAGUUUAUUAUUAUUUAAAAAUAUAAAUUUAUCAGUGGGACAACGCGCAAUGAAUACAUUGGCUGGAAUAUAUUCUGUUGCUUAUGUCACUGUACCAGAUGAUCAAGUCGCAAAAAAAUUAGCACAUGGAAUAGUUAAAAAUAAAUUAGCAGCAUGUGUCAAUAUCAUACCGCAAAUAACAUCAAUUUAUGAGUGGAAAAAUGAAAUAAAUGAAGACCAGGAACUUCUUCUGAUGAUUAAAACAAGAACUGAAACUAUUGGAAACUUGACAGAUUUUGUAAAAAAAAAUCAUCCUUAUGAAGUUUGUGAAGUUAUAUCACUUCCUAUUAAUGAUGGUAAUGAGCAAUAUUUAAAUUGGAUAGGUGACAUUGUACCCUCAUCAUUAUCACCUAAAAAGUAAUACAUUCAACAUUCGACAAUUAAACUUUUUUCAUUGUCAAUUACAUGAAAUUCCAAUACAAACAUAGCGAGUCGAAAAUUUCAUAGAUUUGAAUUUUCGCGCUUUAUUCUUUUUCUACUUUAAAUGUUGUGUACAUUUAUUUCGUAUGUAAAAAAUUCUAAAUAAUGUAAUUCAUGCUUUCAAUUAAAAAAUAAUCAUAUGUUA